CAAAUUCAUCAUUCUUCUUCUCCUUCUUCUUCUUCUUCUUCUUUCUCUAUGUUUCAUCUGCUUUCAAAGGAGGGACCGAGCUGAGAGGAAUUCGUGCGAGACUCGGAAAGCGAUAUUGGUGAGGUUCAAUCAGAAGACGAAUUUUACCAAACUCGUGUAAAGUACGAUCUCUGAUUGAGCCGCGCCAAUAUCACUUUUGUAUAUUUCCAGGGUUUCAAUUUAAUCGAAACCCUAGUUCUUGUUUUUCGAUUAUCGCCUCUUCUUUUGUACGACCAAAAAAUCAUCAUCGUUUUCGUCGCCGUCGUCAUCGACACAAUGGGUUUUAUCAUCAAUUGUCGGAUAUUCAACCAACCAGAAGAUCAGCGAAACCAACGAACAAGCCAGAAAGGCUUUUUCUGUUACGCCCUCAUUUCGUGUUUUCCGAACCCUAGACCUGACUGAAAAUCGCAUUAAGAGUUCAAGACUCUGCUCUUCCCAAAUCAAUGCUUGAAAAUCCACCAUUCAUCCUUCUACUACCUGAAUUCUGUACUGCAGGUCCAUUCAUGUCUCGCAUUGAACCGAAUAUUCCGGAUUCAUGUUGUAUCUCGCCUCGGUUUCGGAGCAACAGUUUUCGUCGGAGUCUUCGCUACCAGAGGCUUCCAUCGCGGCUCCUCCACCUCUCCGUCUUGAAAUUGGACGGUUCUUCCUUCGAGGUGCAAGUUGCGAGGAAAGCGUCUGUGGCAAAGCUUAGAGAGGCGGUGGAGAGUGUUUUCUGUGGAAUGUCGAUGAAUAGAGAAGAUGUCAAGAUUUCAUGGCCACAUGUGUGGAGUCAUUUUUGCUUAUGCUAUAAACAUUACAAGCUGAUCGACGAGAAAUCGCGUAUCAAACGCUUUGGAAUCAGGGAUGGUGAUCUGCUGCAUUUUGUGAACCGUGUAGCUUAAUUUUCGCCAAGAAUCUGUGGAUUUGAGAUGGCCCAAAAGAAUGAAUGGAUAGAGGAAUAUAGGCAGGCUGGUUGAACGGCUUCUGGUAUAAACUUGUCGGAAGUUUUUGGGUGUGAAUUAUUGUGAAGUGGUCAGAUGGGUCUUUUUUCUUUUUUUUCUUUCUUUUCUUGAUUUUUUUACUUUCCUGAUGCUAAAUUUGAAGCCUUGGUUUAUAUAUAUAUAACAAGAUGAACUACAUUUCGUUAGUGCCACAUAAGACUUCACUUUCCUUUCGUCCAAUCCAAAAACGAAGUCCAUUAGUUCAGCCUCUAAGGUACUCAAAUUGCUCUAAGAAUAGAAUAGAAGGAAGAAUGGCAAUGAAGAUAUGCCCAAGUGAUCUGAAAUUGAUACAUUUUGCAGGAGAAUCUGAGAGGAUUAAUGUCAUUAUUGCCCGAUCAACUUGAUGUUAUGGGGAGUGCAAGCUCUACAGUGUGAAGCUAUGAACUUUGAAGAUUUUCAGCUGAUAUUAUAUGUUUCUGUGGCCUUAAUUUAUGCACUUAGAAAAUUAUUUCGUAUUGUAAGUUGAGACUUGGAAAGAAUUCAUAAAUUCUAAUGCUUUGAUAGUUUCUUUAUUAAACAAAUAGUUGCCUAGAAACUUUAGUCUUUUAAACAUGAAUCAGAAUGAGCAUCAAUGACCACCUACUACUUCUCCUUUCCUCUUAAAGAUCAU